AUGGAUUUCGUGCUGCGAAAAGUUCAGGAAAAGAUUCAGCGAAGCCUAAAAUCAAGUGGCGGUGCUAAGUACUUUAGUAACUCUCGCAAUGGUGAGGGUGCUGAGCUACUUAGGGACUUGAAAAGCGCUGACCUGAGUCGUCAAAAAGAUGCGGUAAAGCGCGUUAUUGCAAAGAUGACAAUGGGGCGGGAUGUCAGCUAUCACUUUGUUGAUAUCAUUAAGCUCAGCCAGACUGAGGACCUCGAGUUGAAGAAGCUAGUAUACCUCUACGUUCUCAACACCGCGAAGUUGCAGCCUGACAAAGCCAUCCUGGCGGUAAACACCUUUUUGCAUGACGUUUCGAGUCCGUCUCCGAUUGUUCGAGCGCUGGCGGUGCGAACUAUGCUUUGCAUUCGCGUCCCCGCGGUGUUAGAUCACUUGACAGUGCCUUUGCACUGCGCUGUUACGGACCCCGACCCAUACGUUCGUAAAACUGCUGCGAUCGGUAUCGGCAAGGUGUUCCAUCACAAUAUGAACAUUUUCUACGAACACGGUUUUGCGGAUGAGCUUCUUAAACUUCUCUUUGACAGCAACCCAUUAGUUGCAUCCAACGCAGCUGCUGUGGUGUGUGAGGUUAAUAAUUAUGGGAAAAAAAAACUGGACGAGACCCCUGACUGGCAUAGUCGGAUCCUGAUCAACCUCCCGGAGGCUACCGAAUGGGGGCAGGUCUACCUGCUGGAGCUCCUCUCGACGCUUUGCCCGAAGGAUGCGGAGUCCGCCGAGGUCGUCGUCACCCGCGUGCUGCCGCGCCUCAACCACGCCAACCCUUCGGUCGUGAUGGGGGCGAUUAAGGUGAUCGCCAACGUCGCCAAUCGCUGCCCGACGGAGGUGAUCGAGCGCGUAACGGCACGCAUCAACGCCGCGCUGCUCACCUUGGCAGGGGCAAACGACCCGGAGACGAAGUACAUCGUGUACAAAAAUAUCCACGCGCUGAUGGUGAUAUUUCCUAACAUCUUGCGCACCAACCUUGACGCUUUUUACGUCCGCUUCAACGAUCCGCCGUAUAUCAAGGUGGAGAAACUGAGGCUGCUAUUGAGGCUUGUGACACCAUCCACGGCCCCCGCCAUAGUAAACGAGCUGGCGGAGUAUAUCACCGAGGUGGAUAUAGUCUUUCUGGAGGAAGUUGUUUCCGCCAUUGCGUUGCUGGCCAUCAAGAUGGAAAACGUCUCGACCCCAUGCUCGGAGUUGCUCAUGAAGGCGCUUCAAAUGCGUCCUGAAUUGCUUCCAUGCACCGUGAUCGCCGCCAAGAAUAUUGUGCGUAAGUAUCGGAGUCUUCUUCUUCUUGAACCGCUAGCCAACGAGUACGGUCCCGAUGCCAUCAUCGACGAGGAAGCAAAAGCAUCGUUUGUUUGGAUGCUUGGCGAGCAUUGCGACUUCAUCGAAAACGGCCAGGCUAUCCUGGAUCAGUACAUUGGGUCCAUCAUGUCACAUGAGCCUUCUGUGCAGCUUAGCAUUCUCGGGGCGGCCAUCAAGGUGUUUCUGCGGAAUCCCUCCGAGAUGCAGGCGAGACUGGCCACCUUGCUCGAGACCCUAACGACGCAGAGCGAGGAUCCUGAUGUGUGCGAUCGCGCCUUUGCGUACUGGCGGCUAUUGUCGAAGGAUCUAGAAAUAGAUAAAAUGAAGCGAAUUGUGGAAAGCGAAAAUUCUUCGGUAAAUGUGGAUCACACCUUUAGCGAUGCGAUGAUGAUGACGGAUCUUAAAAAGUCAAUUAAUACCGCCGCUGUGGUUUUUGGGCAACCCUUCCAAUCCUUCCUGCCGCCCUACGGCCUUGCAGAUACGGAUCUUGCUGAUGAAGAUGAGGGGGACGAAGACGAGUAUACAACCGACAACGUGGAGGAGAAUAAGUAUCCUACUUCUGGGAACGCGCAAGCUGAGGUUUCUUCUCAGAUUACCGCACCAUCUCAGCAUAAACCUGACACUGCCGUGGAGGGGUCCUCUGCCAAGCCCUCCGUGGCUCAUCACGAUCCGCUCGAUACGUUGUUUUCAAGCGCCUCGUUUUCCUCGCCUUCUUUGGUGCCGCCCCCAAUGACAAACGAGGAGAAAAAGAUUUCACCCCCCCCGACUGUAGUGAAGCAGACGAAUGCAAUGGAUGAUUUGUUUUCAUAG